GAUGACAUUUCUCUACCGAUCAACACGAAUCCCGGCACCAGACCCUGCACACGGAGGAUGGAAGCAGCUGCAGCACAUGCUAUGCACGUCUCCAACACCCUGGAAAGGGGAAGUUAUUGGCAGAGCAAGCAAAGAGCCACUCCCAUGUCUUUCGAAGAGAUGGUGGUAAUGGUUAAAAUCCUGGAGAAGGAAGAUUAUGAUGGCAGACUUGCAAUAUAUGAGAAGCCCAUCCUCAGGAAGGACGUGAUCUUGGAAAAAGUCAUGGACGUCUUGCAGCAAAACUUUGCCGUGCAGAGAACGAAAGAUCAGCUGAGGAAACGUUGGUCGGACCUGAAGUUACGUGAGGAGGACCAGCUGAAAAGGAUACUAAAGGUCAUCCAAAUGAGUAAGUUGCUUAUUCCUGCGUCCGGGAAGCAUGCACUGACUUUGCUUUUCAUGAUGUCCCAGCAUUUCAAGGAGCAGGUCAGACAGAGCCCAGGUCAAGCCAGGCAGACAGCAGAAUACUGGAACAGGAAGCAGAAGCCUAGUCAAGGCAAGCCAAUGGGUCAAACCAGCCGGGCAACCGUACAAGAGCAGGUGGCAAAGACAGAGUCCAGUAAACAGGCCGAGCUCAGGAGGCAGGCUGCGAUCAAGAGAUCCGGGGCAAACGCAGAGAGCAGGCAAUCCGACGGAGUAACAGGAGCACAGGUCAGUAGCUGGAGACCAUCGGAAAGCUGA